AUGAAAGGGAAAUUGAUAACGGUUGAAACAAAAAAUGAAGAUGUUCCACAAUGGUGGACACCGGAGGAGGAAUAUGCUUUGACGGCGACAUGGUGUACUACUUCAAAAGACGAACUCUGCGGAAAUAGAAUGAAGAAAGGUGCUUAUCGGGGGACGGUGCGCGAAACAUUCCACGCUAUCAAAUGGAGUCAAAUAACUAAGCGGUGCAACAAAUUCAACGAUAUUUACAAUCGGCUUGAGGCUCAACAACAAAGCGGAACCAAUGACUUUGAUUUGUUCAAAUCUGUAAAAGAACAAUAUCGGGUCGAAAUGGGACAUGUUUUCAACUUUGAGAAAUCAUGGGAGUUGUUGAGAGCAUAUCCAAAGUGGAAUAAAACUCCUACAUUGUUGGAGGUUCAAUCCAAAAGGUUUCGCAAUUCGAGCUCGACCGACGUGUCGAACGCACGGAAUCACAUCGACUUAAACGCCGACACCGAUGACAUCUCGUAUGAUAUCGAGGAGAUAUCCCCACUACGACGACCACCCGGACGCGACAAAGCGAUGCGCGCUGCAAGACAUGCAGAUGAGGUUGAGGCGAAAGCAAAAGAUGCGGCGAAAAUGAGAGCGAAAUUCGAUGAGCACAAUUUAUUAAUAAAAGAAAAAAUGACUUGA